AACUUUGUUGUGAAACCGAUUUUCCAUUGCUAUCUCCAGAAGUAUCAGAAUCUCUCUGCGGUAUCUAUAGCACCUAAGAAAUGGUAAGUGUCUUACCUAUCUGUUGGGCUCAAAUCUCGACUAGGUUGUAGAGGGAUUUUUGUCCAAACUUGCAAACAAAAGCUGGUUUGAUGUUGAUGGCAUGAGUCUAAUGUGAUCGUUAGCACAAGUAAACACCGGGAAUUAUAAAAAUUGAACUAGUAAUCUGCUUGUACAGAUGUGAUCCCUAGUUACAACAGACGCAUUGAAGAUGAUUCGAAUCAUGGUUCAGCCGAUGUUUAAAAGACAUUAAUUUUCUUGCGUACUUUUAAAGCUGCUUUGUUGGUGGAAUUCUUGUGUUGCUGCAUAGAAGUGAAGCGUCGCUAUUGUUAUCACUGAAUUUGCGGCGGGAAAAAAAGCUAUGCUAUAGCGUUCUUUCUUAAAAACAGAGUGCAAGUAAAAUGUUUUGUAUGUUGUUGAACAUUAAUGAGAAUGUUGCCCGCGUUUUUGCAAGCGUAAACAUCUAUAUAUGUUUGCUACUUUUAUUCUUAAGAAUCCUAAUUUUGCCUUUGUUCUGGAAAUAAUGUUAACCGUGGCUAUUAGCUAUUUGAAAAUUGCAUUUCGAUUGAAUUUUUACUCUUGUUUAGCUCAAUAAAUACUCUGGGUGAUGAUUGGAGGCAAAAUGGAGCUGCAUGUGAAUACAUGCAAGAUUCUCUGUUAUCAUUAAAUUAUAUCCAAUUAUUGGAUGAGGAUUUUGUGAUAUUGGGAAUAAUCAAGGCCGAGGUAAGUGAUAUCAACUAAGCCGAAGCCAAGGCAGAUAACACUUAUCAAGACCUCGAUUAUUCUAGGUAUCACAAAAACUGAAUCUAAUUAUUGUUCUAUACAUAAUUCUGAAAUAAAUAACAACAAAUACACCAUUGCAUGGAACCGAUUUGACAUUGCUCUUAGAAAUAAUGCAUUGCACGCUCAACCUACAGAUAACUAAUCUGCAGGUUGUGCUAAUUUCCAAAAUUAACUGUAGGAUAUUAGCCAUGGUGAAUAGUGUGUACAAUGUAUAAUAAUGGCAAUUAGUGGGGUUAUAGUUUUUUGGGUUACAGCUUAUCCCGCCCUAGUAGAAACAAUGUUUUUGGCCCUGUCCACACGUAGAUCCAGAUAUUUUUUAAUCCACAGUUUUUUUCUUUCUGGACUCAAAAAUUUCCAUGUCCACAUUUAUGAGGGUGUCAGUGGGGUAUAGCUGUAGUCAGUAAACAGCUAAAAAUAUGGUAGUUAGUCAGUAAACACCAAAAAAAAGUUUAGUUAGUUAAUUGGCAUGGUUAUGUGUCCUGCAGACGUUAAAAUCGUUUGGAGGGUGGUGUUUUGCAUAUACGUCAGCAGAAAGACUUACGUGUGAGGAAGAUUAACAAGUACAUCUCUAUCAUCCUACAUGUAUCUCACCAUAUCGUCUUUUUAUUUGAGGAGUGUUCAUUUUUUUUAAUCAAUUUCUAACUUUUUGGUCUACUUCGCUCUGUAUACGCUUAAAAGAUUACCUGUUUUUAUACACUUGUCAGUUAAUAUUUUGUAAUUUAUACCUUUACGAUAGUGAAAAAAGGCAAUUAUUCGUUAAGCAGUUAACCUUAUUGGCACCCUCAUUUUUCCGUAUUCGAAUCAAAUUUGCCUGUCUACACGUAUCCAACAUGUAUCCAGAUUCACUCUAGUAACCAGGAUUCCUUUGAGAAUAUUGUUGUAAGGUGCGUAAAAUUUACAUCUUGCUCUGCCUUGAGAGAACCUGGGAACAAGGUUGCCAUCCAUGGUAAAGAAGAACUGGGCUUGAUCUUGUUACGUUACUGGGUGAAGAAAUAUCCUUAUUUUGCAUCCACAUGAUCCUGGAUUCAUAGGGUAUUCAAAAAUGUCCACUCUGGAGAGCAGAUUCGAAAAGUUGUGGAUUUGUAUGUAAGAAUCUUUUCUUCAUCAAAAAUAGUAAAUUCAUGGCUAUUUUUAGUUUUCAAGGUCGAGAGCAAGUCAAAAUACUGGCAUACUCCUUAUUUCAAGGCAUAUGAAGAAGCUGCGCGAGAAGCUGCGUGAAAACAUGAAGUCAUUCUCUGUGAUUAACCUGCACAGUUCAAAAGUGCAAUUAAAAUGUGCUUAGGUGCUGCAUUAAACCAGUGGUUGACAUGAAUCUUGUACUACAGUAUUUGAUUUGGCAUGCACUUGUAGCUUUUGUUUUUUGCCACAAAACUUAAUCUUCUUUAGCAAUUUUUUACUGGAGAAAUGCUAACUGGCAAAUGAUCGCUAAAUUUUUUUUCCAAAGCUUCUGAAAAAACACUGAUGUGCUUUUUGUGAGUGUUAAUUUGAGUUGUGAGCCAGAAAAAAUACAGCUGUAAUUAGUCUAUUCCAAUUGUUGGAAAAGCACCAAAUUAAAGAACUCCCAACAAUAUUAAGUGUCACACAGCAUGAUACGGGCCUUGUUCUAACAAGAAUUGAAAGGAGCACAGUGCUCUAAACCUGUGAAAUCCAGGGUACCCUGCAUAUGAUUUGUAUGAAAAAAUAAGAUGUUCCAGUCCCCCAGGAACAAACAUAAGGCACCAGGGACCACUGGUUCCGCUAGGGCAUAAACAAAAAGAGUUAAAAAUUAAACACCACCACAAAUUGUAUUAAUUUUGUUGGUGGUUUGUGUUUUUUCUCCAUGGUAUGUUUUGACAAGCUUAUAGAUGUUGUCAGUGUUCAUUUAAAUGUUAUCUCUAGUUAGUUAUUUAUACAUAAUAUUACGUAAUUAAAAGAGGCUGUCAUGACCAUCAUUUACAUUUUGUUUUUACAGUAAAGUUGAUCCUUCUCAACAUCUAAAAGGCUAUGUCAAUGUCUUAAGUCCUUAAAUUUUUGUGAAGAAUCUUAAUAAUUGUUACCUUUUGCAGAGGGAGCACCUUGGCUUGUAUUAAAUACCCACUCUCUUGGGCAAGUUCUUAUAGACAACUGAUAAAUGCUCAAAAAAUAAUUAUUGAUCUUGAGAGAUGCACAUUAUAGAAAGCCUCAAGGGCUUUAACUGUUAUCAUUUUCUUUUUUAAGGCAUCGUCAUACAGAAAAGGAGCACUCUCAACAGGACAAAGGAAACAGAAAGGUUUUUUUAAUAUUCAGGCCCUGGUUGUUCAAACAUUAGAUAGCACUAUCCAUGGGCUAAGAGUCUAUCCAGUAGAUAACGCAUCUGGUAUCCGUAAUACUUAUCCGGUGAAUAGUGCUAUCCAGCGUUUAAACAACCAAGGCCAGCUCUCUACAGCUUACUAUAUGUAGUUAAAAAGGCAGUUUGACCGAUAAAAACGUCUGCUUCAGGCUUUUCCCUUUCUGUGGGGUAAUUCAUUUAAUUUUGCAAAAAAAGUUAAUUUGGGAACACCUUAAAAUUUGGACACUUAAAGGUUGGACUUUCAACUCAAACAACCUUGCAUUUAUUGGUUUUUGUGUCUUGGGUCUCAUGGAUUCUUGGUUACGUAUAUUUACUGUUGCCUAUAUUUUCACAAGUAAUAAGUUUUAAAAAUUAAGGUGAGAAUGACCUGUAACAGUCUGUAAACGUAACAUAAAACCCUAAGUUUUGAACAGUGCUGUAAGGGGCCUAUUGUCUGCAUUUAUCUUUAUAUAUGGUUUUCACAGUGACGUCAUCAAAUUGUAAAGUCAAAGUAGUAAUGUUUUACGGAUUCUUAUUUACACUAGGUUGAAGAUAAAAAAAUAAAUCUUGUCCCGUAGCGUGUUUCAUUUCGAAAAUACUGCAAUUUGAACUUCUGAGUUUUCACAGUGUGUGACACCAAGAUUGGAAUGCUGGCUCGUUGAAAUGAAGUCUCUCCUCUUGAUUUUCAGCAGUAUAACCAUUUCAAGUGUAAGAAGAUAUGUUUAUGUGCAUGUAUGCUAGUUCUCGAGUGAAAAGAAAGAACUAUUAUAGAAAAAGUGAACUCCAGAUGUUUUUGUUGAUUUCCGGCAGCCAUAUUGGUGUACCAAUAUGGUGUCUCCAUACAAAGCUCUACAAAGGAGUGUGAAACGUUUCGGCAAAUAACUCAGAAACUGUGGGCCACAAAGACCUGAGACUUGGACAAAAUGUUUAUAUAUUAGUCUUUUAUAACAUUUCGUUUUCUUGGCCUCUUCCACUGGACGGUUUCCAAUUUAUUUUUAUGUUGUGUGACAGUGAAAAUGAUCCAUUGAUUAUUAUUUGCUUCAAAUCAGGUCCAAAACCAGAGCUAACAGAGGAACAGAAGCAAGAAAUCAGAGAGGCAUUUGACCUGUUUGAUACUGAUGGUUCAGGUACAAUCGACGCAAAAGAACUCAAGGUAAACACAACUAGUUACCAGUAACAUGUAAUUUUUUGAGUAUGCAAAUAUAUAAUGUACUUUUGUACUAUAUUGUGAGCAUAUUUGCAUGAGUGACACUACAGAGAAGUUACAAAAUAUAGGGGGAAACAAAUGCAGAGCUACAAUGUAUUUGUUUUAACUGUGUUGAGUGGUUCCCAUAUUUGGUUGGCAAGGUUUCAAGCAUGUGCACACAUCUGAGUUACAACAGAAAAUGCAGCCCCUCCUUCGCUUGCUGUGUCCUUUGCCACAUAAUUCCGUCAGUUGUUUGAGGGACUACUAGCAGUCUAAAAAUAAUUGUUCCUUUCUUUUACUGGUACUUGCAGUUUAUCUAUUAUAUAAAUAACGUUACGUUUAAUAACGUAAUAAUACAUGUAGACGCCUGAACUGAAGGACAUUUUAGAGAGAUGGUAACUGGAAUGUUGUAGAAACAGUUCAUUCCUCUCACGUGUAGCAUACUUUAUUACAAUGUAGAGUACAUUGAAGUAAGCAGUCAUGAAGACUAAAGAUACCACAAACAUGAUUUUAUUUUCAGGUGGCUAUGCGAGCUUUGGGUUUUGAGCCCAAGAAAGAAGAAAUCAAGAAAAUGAUUUCAGAUAUCGACAAAGAUGGUUCAGGUAUGUCAUAAUGCAGUAUGUAUAAAAAUUAUUACAGCUUAUAAAUAAAUUAUACCGACAGUGCUCCUUGAUGGAGGCCAAUGAAAAGAAAGAAUGCUCUUCAGGCCAAAAGCCAGAGUAUAAUUAUUAUUAUUAUUAAGUUGUAUAAACUACAGGGGUUUUUACUUGGGUGAUUUUGUUACCUCUGCAUCCAGCAUCCUAGAGGAUAAAAUCCCAAAAGACACAGUGAAAGUAAUCAACAGAAUGCAUCCUGUAGGACGCACAGAUCGAUCGAUCGUUCUGGAGAUAAUUUUGAAGAAUACAUCUGUAAUCAAACCUAUCAUACAUGUACAGUAAGUCAAGAGAGAAAAAGCCCAUAAGCAAUUUUUGAACAAAUAAUAAACAAAAAUAUCUUUUGUUCUGUAUUCUUCAUUAUGCAAUUAAACUGUACAUUGUUUGCUAUGGCUGUUUGCAUGUCGGUAUGAAGACUUAAAUAUUUUGUGUGCAUGUUGUAGAUCAUAUGAAAUUUAUCAGGACUGGUAAAUACUUUUACAAAACUGUGUCUUGUAUUUAACUGUAUCUCUUUCUUGUUUCUUAGGUACCAUUGACUUCAAUGAAUUUCUUCAAAUGAUGACAGCAAAAAUGGUGAGUGUGACAUACGUGUAAUGUGAUAUACAGUACUUGGAUGUGAGUUUCCUUUUAAUAGUUUACACACAGGUAGCCCAAGCUCGAAAUAUGAGCAUUGGCGAGCAUCGGCAUUGUUGCGUAACAUUCAAAAUAUAAGGAUUUGUAUGGGGUUUUUUGGAUAGCAAAGGCAUUGGAUGCUUUUACUUUCCUAAAGUUAUUUUUGUCUCUCUUUUGGCAAAUGUAUUUUUGGGUAUUUUGCCGGUAUUUAGCCGGGCACCUGGUGUGUCCUCUCUGCAUUGUGACAUUUGAAGUAAGGUGAGCUGUUUUUUAUUGAAAUCCUUUGAUUUUCGUAGGUUACAGAAACGAUAGGUUUUUUUCCCAUACAAAUCCUUAUAGUUUUGGAAUGUUACGCAACAAUGCCGAUGCUCGCCGAUGCUCAUAUUUCGAGCUUGGGCUACCUGUGGUUUACAUUGUAAAAAUUUGAUAUUAGGGAUUUGCAUAGUUUAUAAAAGCGGUUAGUUUAUAUUUUAGUAGAAUAACUGAAAUUACAUUGUUAGGUUUUAUUCAUUCCUUUAGAGUGAAAAGGAUUCUAAAGAGGAAAUUCUAAAAGCUUUCAAGUUAUUUGAUGAUGAUAACACGGUAGGCACUUUCUCCACCACAAUUUUGUUACACUAAAUAAUCAUACUGUAAGUAAUACUUAGCCACCUGGACUCUUCAUUAAUUUUUCUCCUCCUAAGUUAAGAAGCGACCAUGAUUUAGUGAUGAUGACCUUUCGACUCCACCUAAAGAAGAUAAAAAUGUGUGCUUAAAGACCUGGAGGAUGUAGUAGCCUUCCAAGUAAUGAUUGGAGGAAGAUUAGCAUCGCCCACCACGCUCGAUGUAGAUAACGUAGAAGUGGAUACACCAAUUAACACUUUCAUCUCAGCAGUGACUGAAACAGCCAGCGAGAUCCUUGGCAAACGCAGAGCAGUUAAAAAAUCUUGAAUCACAGCUGACAUGUUGAGCGUAUUUGACGAACAAAGAGAACUGAAGAGAAAAAGGCAUGGGAUAGCAGAACGUGCAAAAGGUACAACGAACGAAGACAACUGAAGAAGAAAAGAUAUGGGAUAACAGAAGGGGCAAAAGGUACAACGAAAGAAGAAAACUGAAGAAAAAAGACAUGGGUAAUCCCGAGUGAAAUUCACAGGGAUGAUGAGGGAGCAAAAGCCAAAAGAAUUUUCGUGGAUGUCUGGCGAAUUUUUUUUCAGAAUUUUUUCCCUUUGGAAAUGACCCAUCCUCUCCCGAUGAAAGUCAAACGAGCGGCCGCUGUAUUGUAGGGAGUAGCAAUGCCUUCUGGUUGGUCAAUCCGCCAUUAAUUUUUGUCUUUUUUCACGAGAAAGCUCAUUUUCUAAUCGGGCUGUGCCACAGGUAGCCUGAUUCUCAGACGUCCGAGGUCGUUCGCGGUCGCUUUCGCUUCCCUCCCUCUCCCGUCUGAUAUACUCUGUGCGAAGUCGUGUUCGUGACGUCAGAGUCAUUGUCAAUUUUCACCAAUCAGAGCGCGUGUACCAUAUUUCGAGAAGUGUGGAAUGUAUGGAAUGUAAUUUCCCACACAUCGAGUCAAAUCAAAAUGGCGGAAGAUGUGGAAGGUUUCGAUUCAGCCGUGCAAAACGCUUGCCAAGUUUUUGGCGUGGAAACACUGUUCCCCGAACAGUUCAAAGCGCUUAAAACGUUUGUUUAUGGUACUGACGUCCUUCUAAACUUGCCAACGGGGUUUGGAAAGUCUCUUGUGUUCCAGAUGGCUCCUUUAGUUCACGCCGAGUUAUCACGAGGCCGCGAUGGAUUUGCAGCGAACCCAGUAAUAAUUAUAAUAUCCCCUUUAGUGAGCCUCAUGGAAGAUCAAACAAGUUACUUACGGAAAUGUGGCAUCUCAGCUUGCUCGAUAGGAGAGGAUAAGGUACUUGACAUGAGGAUUGAGAAAGGAGAGUGCUGCGUGGUAUUUUCUUCGCCGGAAUCCUUAUUAGGAAAUGGUAGGUGGCGAAGCAUGUUAUCUUCCGACGUUUACCAGAAGAAUUUAAUUGGCAUCGUUGUGGACGAAGCACAUUGUAUUAGCCAUUGGUAAGCAAUAUUUUUGCUUUUUUAAUUUGACACCCGAACAACUUUAGGUCUAUCAUUUAUAAUAACCUUAAGCGAGGGAAAAAAUAAUUGUAGCAACGAUAGAACAGUAGUGAGCUUAUCUGAGAGCAAAGUUCUUCACAAUCUUCAACAGAAACAUACAUGCAAAGAAAGAGGGCACUAUCAUUAUUUUUUUUUUUUUUACUUUUACAGGGGAACUUCCAAGAGUAAAGAGGCAAUGGCCUUUAGAAGAUGGUUCUACAAAUUAAGCCUGUUGCGUUCUUUGGUACCAAAUAAAAUUCCGUUCAUGGCUGUAACUGCCACAGCAACAAGACAGACAAAGGAAACAAUAACUUCUGUCCUUCGAUUUGGAAAAUUUGUUGAAGUGUCUGAAAGCCCAAACAAGGCAAAUAUUUGUUACAGUGUCCAGACCAUGGAUAAGCGUAAUCCACUCAUUCAAUAUUUCCAGUGGAUAAUGAAUGAACUGAAAGAGAAGAGGGGCGGAACAGAAAGAACAAUUAUAUAUUGCCAAACCAUUAAGCAGUGUUCAACAUUGUAUUCCCUCUUUGCACAAGAAAUGGGUGACUCAAUAUUUGCCAAUGACAACAAAGAUCCCAGAAAUCGUGUAGUUGAAAUGCUGCAUGCCCUUUCUUCAAAGUCAAUCAAAGAGGUUGUUUUAGAAGAAAUGGGACAGGAAACUGGCUGCAUUCGAGUACUCAUCUGUACAAUAGCCUUCGGCAUGGGAGUUAACUGUAAAGGGGUCCAAAGAAUUAUCCACUUGGGGCCGUCAAAGUCUGUGGAGGCCUACAUUCAGGAGAGUGGAAGGGCAGGUAGGGAUGGAAGCCCGAGUAAAGCCCUUCUGCUAUACCAGCCACUGAUGCUUCUUCAUGUUGAAAAAGACAUGAAAGACUAUGUUAAAGGCAAAUAUACCUGCAGACGUGCAUUUCUAAUGGGCCAUUUUGAUCAAAAGGGUGGAAAGCCUCAAAGUGACACUCAAAGUGAUUUUGUUUGUUGUGACCUUUGUUCUAAGGAUGAAAAUUUGAAAGUUCCUAUUUCAGCACCUGCCCCUUAUGCUGGAAAGACACGUACAGUUUCCACUUCACAGAAAGCCACUUUGAAAGGAAAGCUCAUAAGAUUAAGGAAAUCACUUUUGGUGGAGCUAUUACAUCAAUCUCCGAAAGGAGGAUUACCAGUUGCAUCUGUUCCUGAACUGUUAAUUGGGUUCUCAGACUCUCAGAUUGCUCAAGUUUUGGAAAACUGUGACAAGAUAUUCAGCAUUUCUGACAUCAAGGCAAAUGUUGAAAUCUGGAAAGAAAGGCAUGCAUAUGCAAUUAUGGACACUUUGGCAGAGGUCUUCCAAGAUUUAAGUCACGAUGCAGGGCAAGCAUAUGACUGUCAAAAUUACUUUGAUGGAGAUGAUGAAGAAGAUGAUGACUGGGAUGCAUUGUUCGAUGAUGUGGAGUUAAUGGAUGUGGACUGGGACAACUUCUCUGCUAGUAACAUAUUAUAUGAUGAUUCCACCUUUGUAGAGGAAAGUCAAGAUUUUGAAAGCAGUGAUAUGCAUAUUCCCGAACUGGAUGAUCUGAUUGACAAAGUUCAAAUAGAGUGAAUUAACAUUUCUAGUAAGUUAAGCUUGUUCUUGAUAUGUGGUGUUCUAUUUUGCCAACUAUUGUCACAAACUUAGACAUCUCUCUUCUUAGGCUGUUUAUCUCUUUAGAUGAAAAUUUACCUUUGUUUGUUCAUUGGGUUAUGUAAAUUAUAAAGUAAUAAGUACAUUUGUACUCGUGGUGUUUUAUCAUACCUAUUUGACUUUAAUUUGAUACAGUAAAACCCUUUAACUUACAGAACCUGCAUUUCCCUAGUUACACUGUAGCCUAAACAGGUUCUUACAUAAAUGGUAAUUUAGCACAAAUUUAGGGUAUUAAGGUUCUUAUUUUCUGAAGGAAAAAAUACAUUGUUAGCUAAAAGUAUUAAUUCUUCUUUCAUUGAACAAUGCAAACAGAUCUUUGUAGAGAGGGGGCCUACAUGUAACUGGCAAAUUUUAGCCUAACAGGUGCUUAAAAACCAGUUUCUCAGUUGCAGGUUUUUACUGUUUGGUACUCUUUAUACCAUAUAAUGUAGAAAGUAGAAGAAGGAUGAAAUGAGAUGAGGAGUUAAUCUAUCACAAAUUAAUUGUAGUUUAAAAUUUUAGAAAACAAUGUUCAUUAUGCGCCAAUAAAUUUAUGCUACAAGUCAAGUCUAUCUUGCUUUUCUUGCAAGGUCAAUGUUUUUCUUGUGCUUAUUAAUCCACUGAUAUAAAUUGGACAUGUCCAGCCUUGACAAUGGGUCUCUGACAAAGUUUGAAAAGUGCUUGUAAUGUCUUCCUGGAGUGCGGCAAAACACAGACUCUUCAAUAAGUGAAUUCACAACAGCUCUUAGAUCUUUUGAGUAGUCAGCUGAAACAUGCUUGCCUGACCUUUGCUUGACAAGAAUUUCUCUGUCCAUGCAAGAAAGCAUUUGUUUGGACUUUUGCUGUCCAUUUGAAAUUCUCCUUACUGCAUCCUCUGUAACAUUUGGCCCAAGAUUUUUGAUAGGUUGUUUUAGAUCAUUAUUGUCAUGUUCCAAGUCAAGAUCAAUAGCAACAUUUUUCCCUGGCCCCCCUUUGUUGUUAACUGUACGAUUCCAUACCAAGCUGUGGGCCUCAGCUGGGGGAAGGAGAGAAUAUACCUGCAAAAGCAGGUAAAGAGCUUCUAGUGCAUACUUUGUAGUAGAUUUGUCUUCUUUGAAAUGCAGCAGAAAGAACUUCCAGCAUCUAAUUGAUCUGUCACCAUCUCCCUCUGAUGUUGAAUCAAGAAAGUUCAAAAACAAGAGUCCUUGAGCUAACAGUGAGCAGUUAUAAUUAAAAACAUCAUCAUCAUCAUCUAAAUCACUCAAUGAACCUUUCUUGGGAUAAUUAGAGGAUAGCACAGGCUUUUCAGGGAUUACAGGGGGAGGAUCAUGGGUAAGUUCAUGGUCUCUCCUCCUUUUGCCAUCAUAUUUAAAUGAGUUAUUACAUCCUGGGCUUCGGCAGGGGAAUCUUCCAUCAGUAGUCAGCUCUUGAUUAUUAACAGCAUCAUUCUUUUCCUGUUCAGAAAGUAUUCCAUCUAAGAAGCUAUUUAGGGAGUGCUGAUCUAUAACAAAUUGAUCUACAAUUUGGCCAGACAGUUUCAUUAAGUAAUGUUUUUUCUCCUGGUCAUUACCACUUCUUGCAGCAACAGGUGAUAGAUUGUGUGUCGGCUGAUCACUGAUCUUUUUCAUGCCGAGCACCAACAUUGCUGCCGCAAUGAUACGUGCUUUUAUUUCAAGGAUGGCAAAUGCUUUGCAGUGCACCCAGUUGCUGUGCACAUCAGCUGUCACAUUCCGUCGGUUAAUCAAAUUGCGAUCAGCAAAAAGAGUCCCUUUGUCUGUGUCAGAAAUGGUUGAAUAGUGCCUCUUAAAAAAUACCUAGAACAAAGAAAAUUAAAUUUUGGUUGCAUUGCAUAUGUUGUAGUUAAUUUUUUAUCUCAGGUAAUUUUUCUUUUUCUUUUGUUUUUGGGUAUGGUAAUGUAUGCUAAUGGAAUUGAAACAAAAGAAAAAUCAAAUCUACCUGAGAUAAAAAAUUAACUACAACACAUACAAUGUACAUAACUCUGAUAAUCCAUUAAUUUUAAUUUGAUCAAGUUGUCCUUUCAUUGUCAUUACCUCUCAUGUUGUAUGCAUGUAUGAGUGUAUUAUUAUUAUUGGUAGUAGUAGUAGUUGCAGUGUUAGUAUCAAUAUUAUUAUUAUCAUUGCUAUAAUAAGUAUUCCUAUUGAUAAUGUUAUUGUUGGUAUUAGUAUUAUUGUUAGUAGACUGUAAUAUUGGCAAGAUUGUAGGCUCUUUUUUUGUAGACUGAUUCUCAGACACCUGAGGUUGAUCACUGCGUAGAGGGAGAGAAAGAAAGGGGCUGCAAUUGACGUUGGAUGUCUAAGAAUCAGGCUAAUUUUUAUGAGAUUUGACAGUAGAUAGACAAACUCCAGGACUUGGUUGUAUCUACGUGUAAAACUUUACUGCAUCCUCACAUUUCAUGUUUCCAUCUACUUCUGAAAAAGAUUAGGCGAUAAAAACGUUGAGUACAGAUUUUUUUUUUUGUAUUAUUGACCAUAAUGGUAUGAAAUCUUCUGAAGAUGGUUUGAACUUUCUGCCCCUGGAAGUGAAAACUUAAUGAGGUGCGGACAGCAUUUUCAAAGACAUGUACAAGUUAAGCAUUAAGAAAUACUGCAUUUCCUUACGUUCAAGAAAGUAACAGCAGUAUGCCAGUCAGCAAUUUCCAUGUGGAUGCCCUCUAAUUUUUCUUCUGGAGUGUAAGAAUUCUGGACAGCCUGAAUGACAUUCACACCACGUUCAACAGUGAGCUGGUCCCCAACAAUGGGAAUGCUUCUACGCAAAGUUUGGUCAGCAUUUUCCAAGUUUGGGGAGUAACUUCUUAUUUGUUUUAGGAUGUCAAGCAUUUCCUCUGAUUUAUUUUCACUUUUAAAAAUAACACCCAAAAGAACCUUGUGGAAAUAAAAAUAAGAAUAAGAUUACAUUUUAAAAAUUCUUGCAAUUAUUCCAUCUUUUUUUAUUGAUUACUCAAGGCUUAUGGAUAAUUACCUUCUCAGUUUUCUUUGCCAUUUCUUUGCUGAAUUGAUGCGGUAUAUGCUUUACACAAACAGAUUGUAGAAACUCCAAACAGGGAAGAUGCUCAACAAGUACACGCGAAACCAGAUAGGUAAAAUCCCUUCUCAACUUUUCGUGAUCAGAUGCACUUGGAAGAAGCUGGCAAUUAUCUAGCUGUGAUAACUCUAGCUGCUCCCUCUUCCUGCUUCCAAGUGUAACACGGUUUUUAAUAGCAGAAUGGUUAACCCAAUGAAUGUCUUUGUUUUGUCGAUCAGAAGUCAUGUCACGGGUUGCGAUUCUGAGAUCAAUAUUGUCAAGCACAAUUUUGAAAGUGCCAUCCGUGUGUUCAUGUUUAAAUUCCUCUGGACUGGAAAUCACUUUAGCUUGAAGGUGUUGCAGUUCUUUAAGUUUUUCAUCAAACUUAUGGCCAUAGGAGUCAAGUUUUUUCAAAGAGGUCUUACUUGAUACUGAGAGCUUCAUUGAGUUUAAUCGCUGAACCAACUUCUACAGGAUGUAAACAAUGCAAAAAAAUUCAUAUUUAAAACUAAAACCUGUAUAUACAUAUUAUGACGUUGUUCUAUUUCCAUGUGGUUGUAUUUUUUUUUCAAACCAGUUUGAUUUCAUUUCCUUUAUUUCAAAAUGAGACAAAAAAGGCAAAAGCAAAUUGGUUUGAACAACAUUUAAACCACUCUGUAAUGGUAAAUAACAGAUAUAUUUGGCUCUGAUAAAUGAAACCAUGUGAGGUAUCAGGAUAAUUUUCUACUAGUUUGUUAGUUAAUAAUAGAUCAUAGAAAUAAGGCAACUAUGGCAAUUCUCCAGGUCACUGCAUGGCAUGACAACUGCGAUGCAGCCUUGAUAAGCUACUUUGGCUAUUAGGAAGAUUAUUUUUUACUUAUAACAUCCAUGAUAGCCUCUGAUUGUCUGGAAUUGGAUGUAAAAAACAAACCAAAGUUACAUUAAUUUCAAACCUGUGUUGCACUUUGCCUGACCAUGAGAGAGAUAAGUGAUGCUGUUGCAUUCAUGUGCAUAUUGCGAUUCUUUAAAAGGGUGGACCCAGCUACUGCCAUGGCAGGUGUCCAGUCACAACCUUUCUCCUUGACUGUUGCACAUGUUGUGAGAAAGGAGUAAAAAAGGGGUGCUCUCUGUUUCCAUUCUUCACAGAGUUUUUGAAAAGAAAAGUUCUCCAUUUCAUCUGGUCCACUCUUGCGUAGCAUAGAUGGCUUUUUUCUGGAACAUAGGUCAUUGCAUUCUUUGCCCAGGGCUUGUAAGGUUUUCUUUAUUAGGAAGGUUUUUAGUGAAGAGCAACGAAAUGCAGCAUCUGCAAUCUGUUUAUAAGUACCUCGUCUUGCUAAGGCUUUUCCAAGGGUCUGAAGAUCUGCACCCAAGGUUGCCUUGAAUUCCCUUGCACAUCCUGGAUAGUUCAAGGUGACCUUGAUAUGAAAAGUAUUUGUUGAACAUGAGCACUCUGUACAAAACUGUUUUGUGUUUUACAAACUCAUUAUGUACUCACACUUGACAAAAAACAAUUAGCUUAAAAUAUAAUACUUAAGGAGCAGCAUUUCAUAUCCACUUUAUGUCAAAAUAUAAAAAUGUUCAAACCAUGAUUUUAUAAAUUCCUUUUCAAGCAAUGAACCAUUAUCGAAUGGAGUAAAACACGCAUGUUAGAACCUACUGCUGGCAGAAAUUAGCCAUUUUAAUGAUCAACAAUAUAAAAACUUGUUUAUCCAAGCUAUAUCAAGUAGGUUCUUUGGUUACCAUUAAUAAGCAAUAAUAAAUAAUCAAGUCACAAAAGUUUGACUUUGAGAUUAGAAAUUUAUAUUACGAGAAAGUACUGUGCCAAACUGAAAAUACAAAUUAAAGUAUUACUGUAAUUUCUACAACCAAAAGAGAAAUUUCCACACCUGCACACAAGGGUCUUUAUCUAAGUUAGUUUUGGGCACUGUUUCCCUAUUUGCUGCACCGCGUUUAUCCGGUAGUAGCUGCUGGGAUGUGCUAAGUUGACUUGCUGGUAAGAAGAAAUUCCUCCCGAUGUUUACACAAGCUGGAAAUGCUCGCACUACCACGGGAACACUUGAAUGCCUUACUGCUGUAUAUCCAACCAUCGAAACUGUGGGAGGUGGCCCUGUUAGACUUUUAACCGCCGUUAGUGGCGACGGAAAUCUCGUUUGAUUUUGAGGUAGAUUUGAAGGUGCAAAUAGAGCUUUCUUCACUGGCUUUGCUUCCAGCGUUCUCGCGACAGGUAAGUCCUGAGUUUGAUCUUGACUCAAUCCCCGCUUUAUGCGAACCACGGUAUUUUUAGACAUUUCUGCCCUCAACUCGUCUUCGAGACUUUUGAGAUUCGACAUCAUCUUUUCGAUCUUUUUCAACUUUGGGUAACAUUUUCUUUUGCAAACGUAUUGCAAGUCCUCGUUCGAAGACUGUAAUUCACCGCCUAAAGUCUUGCAAAGAGUCCCUCGCAAAUCCCACUGCGAGCGCCCAAAAACCGCUAUUCUGUCGCUUGUUUCAAGAACUUCAGUGCAGAUCAAGCACUUAAUCAAGUUCGUCUGGGAUAAGACGGCUUUUUUCGGCGUAGAAGUUAGAAACAUAGCUAAGAAAUCUUCGCUUUCCAAAAAUCUGAUCGAGGAAAAACCCGCGGAAAACUGAUUUGUUUACUUUUCCAUGCUUCAUUUCUUACGCGCGUUGUGAUUGGCUUUUCAUAUACAAAAGGGGCUCUGACGUCACGAACACGACUUCGCACAGAGUAUAUCAGACGGGAGAGGGAGGGAAGCGAAAGGGACCGCGAACGACCUCGGACGUCUGAGAAUCAGGCUAUGCCACAGGCAGCCCAAUAACAAAGCCAUCAGUGAAGUCUUCCUUUACGACGAACGACCAUCGGAGUCAGACAAGGCUGUCUUCUCUCACCAACUUUCCUGGACAUUUUUCUUGAGAGAAUUAUGACUGACCCAAUGGAGGAACAGUCAGUAUCGGGGGCAGGACAAUCACCAACUUAUAUUUUGCUGAUGACAUUUAUGGCUUGGCGUGAAAAGAGGAGAGGCUAGCCUCUCUGGUGGAUCGCCUGGAAAGAAGACCAAACUGAUGACGAAUAAAAAAUGGCGUAAGCGUUGACAUCAGAGUCAACGGCAAAAAACUAGACAAAAUGGACAGUUUUAAGUGUGUGGGCACAGUCAUCACAGAUCAAGGUUCUAAGCCUAAAGUACUGUCCAGAAUUGCACAAAUGACGGCAGCUCUAUCGAAACUGAAGACCAUCUGAGUGAUCUGGAAAGAUAAGAAUAUCUCCCUUAGCUCAAAGAUCAGACUCAUGGGCUCCCUGAUUGUCUCGGCACUCUUGUACGCCUGCGAAACCUGGUCAUUGAUCGUGGACAUCCAGAAGAAACUGCAGGCCACGGAGAUGAGAUGCUUUGGAAACUGUUGGCAUCUCAUACAAAAACCACAUCACUAACGAUGCAGUCAGGUACAAAAUCAGGCAAGCCAUUGGGUCCCAUAAUAAUACCUUAACAACGGUAAAGAAAUGUAAGUUGAAGUGGUUUGGGUAUGUAGAAAGAUCAGCAGGGCUUGCCCGGACAAUCCUGCAAGGAACAGUGUAAGGAGGCGAAGGGUUGCAAGGUCUGUCUCCCCAAUAAUCAUCAAGACUAUGAGAUAGGUGAGGGUGCAGGUGCAAAGUUACAAGUUGUGUUCGUGUUGGCGCAAACGAAACCAUAGUUUACAUGGUCAUAGAGAAGUCAUUGCAGGACUGGACAAGUAGUGAAAAUGCCUUAAAUUGACCUGUAAGUUUAGAUUCAGUGAUACCAUGCUUUUUCGGGUUUUGUUGGAUAAGCUCUUUAAAAUUUUGACUUUCUGAAACCCUCCACUGUUGUAUGUCCAUGAAGAAUAGUCUUCUGAAUGUUCGCAAACCCACUCGGAUGUCUUAUUUUUGUCGUUAUACUACUUGUGUAAUGUACAACAAUGUCAUGAUAUGUUCUGCUCACAGGGGAAAAUUUCAUUUAAAAAUCUCAAGAGAGUCGCUAAAGAACUCGGUGAAAAUUUAACAGAUGAAGAAUUACAGGUGAGAUAAUGAUAGUGAAAUGCAUUGUACGUGUUAGGGUAUCGAACCAAUUGGCUUUAAGUCUUAGGAGUGCUGCCACAAAGUUUGCUACAAGACGUCAUUUGGUGUCUAACCCUCCACACCCCCUCCCCCCGUGUUCCCGUGUUCAUUUAAACAUGGAUGGAACAUGGCAGCUUGGCAGAAGUGUUAGCAUGUAAUACUGCUGAAACUGGUGACAUUUGUUGAAGUUGAUUCAUUAUAGUCAUGACAUUGUUUUCUAAACUAACGACCGAAAACCCCGAAUCAACGGAGGAGUCACUUUGAUCUUGAGGUUCUCAGCGAGUAUCUAUACCUUUUUCCUGAGUUUAGCUGCAGUGUAAUCUGUUAAUAUGAAAAAAAAGAGGUCUGGAGUCUGCUAGAUUCGUUUUUCUAGCUGGGGAAGCUUUAUGGGUUUUAAUAUUUGUACAGUCCUGUUUCUACGUGCUUGGCGUUUUUAUUUACCUUUGUUUGGAGUGAAAAAAUAGAGAAAAUUUCGUAGUAUGGAGCGAAGCAUGCCAGCUGAAAUUGACGUACCUUGUGUGUUUCAUUUUCUGGAGGGAGAAACUGUAGCUGGCAACUAACUGCUGGGUAAGUUUCGUGGACAUUUAUUCGGUAUUUCGUAAAAACGCUCUGAUCGGAACUUCAUCUCUUACAAACACUGUAAUUUUCAGUACUGUACUGUGAUACAUACGCCGCGCCUGGGUUACCUGUGGCCUCGGUGGGUGAUAAACAUAACAUAAAAAUAAAACUUAUGAUCUUAUAUUUUAUUAUACCUUAUUACAGUCCUUUUGCCUUUUAGGAAAUGAUCGAUGAGGCAGAUAGAGAUGGCGACGGCGAAAUCAAUGAAGCCGAAUUCCUUCGUAUCAUGAAAAAGACAAGCUUGUAUUAAGCCACUUUCCUUUCAGAAGAAGAUGUAAAGUUAAUGAUUCUAUGUGUACAAAGAAGUAACUGCAAUCAAGAAAUUUUUCACUUUCUGUUUCUAUUGGAUAUCUUGGAUAAAGAAACCUUGCAUAGUGAGGCUUUCAUGCCAUUUUAAAAAUAAUUGAGUCUCUUGCGAUUGUUUGACUAUUCAAGAAAUGUUAGUAAGUACAGUCACCUCUGUUUCAACUUUGGAAGGGCUUUGAUUCAGACGCCGAACGUUUCAUGUACCGAACCAACGGCGUAAAUUAUUAUAACGUACUCUGUAAGCAGUUUUAAUAACCGAAAUGAAUAUUUUUCUCCCUUUGAAUUUAGUUCGGCGUGUGAAUCAAUUCAGCCGGUGUAAAUAAUUUGGGUAGACCUUAAUUCGAAUAAAGUUCGGCUCAUGAAAAGGUCCACUCGGCGUCUGAACCGGGCCUUACAGUUACGUCACUUUAAAUUAAACGUACUGUGUUGAGACCGGCUCUCGGGGUGGAUACAAAAGUCAGAACUGACCUACCGAACCACUCAUUGUUUCCCAGAGGUGUAGGGAGGUGUCCAUCUUAUAAAGAGUCAAAAAAGUGACUGAAGGAAGGCAAUCUAGGUUGGUUGGAUGGUAUGGAGGUGUCCUAUAAGAGCUUUGUAG